AUGCAGUCAGGAUGGCCGCUGAUGUACGAGCUACCUCCAGCACCACCUGUAGAUCCAUAUACACAUCCGAAGCGCCUACAGUUGAUGCCUCCAAAGCCACCAAAAUAUCCCCUCCACCACUUCCUCCGGCCUCAUUACCGUCUUCUCCUUUUCCUCCUUGGAAAACUUGAUAUCCAUAGGUCUGAUUACCAGGCACACUUUUACGAGUCCUUGAGGGAUCAGUACUGA